AUGACGAUCAAUUCCAAGAAAAGAGUAAAAUAAUAUUUAAAUAAUGCUUUGAUAUUAGACAACUUUAAAACGUACAGAAAAAUCUUGUUUGUUAUCGGUAAAACAAUCAAAUAUACUCUAUGGGUUAGCUUUGGUCUGUUUUGGUAUCAUAUGUAUCUCUUAAAAAAGACUGAUAAACCAGAAAAAGGUUUCAUGGCUAAUGAAACUUUCAUGAACUUUGCUAAGUCUGCUGACUAUGCAUUCUACGACUUGAAAUUGUUGUUGACUAGACCACCUGUUGAAAAACUUCUCCCAGAUAGACCUCCACUUCCACCAGGUGCUGGUUAUCCAAAAACCUUAGUUGUCAAUAUGAGAGGAACUCUUGUUCAUUCAGAAUACAAAUUUGGAUCAGGUUUUGAAAUAUUAAAGAGACCAGGUCUUAGUGUUUUCUUGCAAAGAAUGAGCAGAUUCUAUGAAAUAGUCAUUUUUGGAGAUGAGGAGAGUGGUGUAAGAAUAUCUUUGUAUAAGUAAUAAUCUUAGAUUGUUAAUGAUAUUUGCGAUGCACUAGAUCCCAACUAUCAAAUGAUUAUGGCAAGGUUAGGCAGAGAAUCAACCCUAUUAAAGAAUGGAAAAUACAUUAAAGAUCUAUCCUAUAUGAAUAGAAAUUUAAAGGAUGUAGUCUACAUUGAUUUCUAAGAUGAAAAAGUUGAAUUUCACAAGGAUAAUGCAAUUAUUCUUCCUCUUUGGGAGGGUAAUCCAGAUGAUAGAGAACUAUAUGAUAUCAUGCCAUUUUUAGAAAGUAUAAAUAUAUUAAAUCUAAUUCAACUAAUAGAUCUUGGACAAGCUCAAGGAUGUGACAUUAGAUAGGAAAUUAAGAAAUUCGGCAGAGAGGGAACUGGCAAAAAGUAUCUAGAAAUCUAAAACGCAAGAAGAGACCUUAUCCUAAAAUAAAGAAAUACAGGAAUAAGUGGUAUGGUUUCAUCAAUUGGCAAAAUUCAAUAAGGUUAGAAUAAACCAAACUUUCCACCUCCAUCUGGAAAUUUAAGUGGCAGAGAUUGA